AUGGCCAAUUCCUGCAGCGGCACCUGUCUCCGGCGUCGCUUGCGCCGCUUCCGAGGCGUCCGUAAAAGCGACGUCCCGGCCAGGCGGGAGGCGCGCCUGGGACCCUCUCGACUUCCUUUGAGCCGCUCCACGGUGGCGACGGCCACAGUCGUCCGGCUUCUCCCACCCCUUAGCAACCGCGCAGCGGCGGCUGGCAGGCAGUCCCGGCAAGCCCCGCGGCCACUUCCGCCGGCGCCCUCGUGGGCCCGCCCACUUACGGAUCCCGACGGGCUCCGCGCCGUACGUCACGCCGCCCGCUCCGGCCAAUCGCCUGGCGACAAGUCGAAGGGCCCGGGAGCCGCGGAGGCAGAGAAGAUGGCGGCGGCGGCUCAAGGCGGGAGAUCUAGCGGCGGCGGCGGCGGUGCGGGCGGUGGCUUUAGCUGCGGGAGCCGAGGUGGCUUGUUGGAUAAGUGGAAGAUUGAUGACAAGCCUGUGAAAAUUGACAAAUGGGAUGGAUCAGCUGUGAAAAAUUCUUUGGAUGAUUCUGCCAAAAAGGUACUUUUGGAAAAGUACAAGUAUGUGGAGAAUUUUGGUCUGAUUGACGGACGCCUUACUAUCUGUACCAUCUCAUGUUUUUUUGCCAUAGUAGCUUUGAUUUGGGAUUAUAUGCACCCCUUUCCAGAGUCCAAGCCUGUUCUGGCUUUGUGCGUCAUAUCCUAUUUUGUGAUGAUGGGGAUUCUGACCAUUUAUACCUCAUAUAAGGAGAAGAGCAUCUUUCUUGUGGCUCACCGGAAAGAUCCUACAGGGAUGGAUCCUGAUGAUAUUUGGCAACUGUCGUCCAGUCUCAAAAGGUUUGAUGACAAGUACACUCUGAAACUGACCUUCAUCAGUGGGAGAACAAAGCAGCAGCGAGAAGCUGAAUUCACCAAGUCCAUUGCUAAGUUCUUUGACCACAGUGGGACACUGGUCAUGGAUGCAUAUGAGCCUGAAAUUUCCAGGCUCCAUGACAGUCUUGCCAUAGAAAGAAAAAUAAAAUAGCCAAUCUAAAAGCAGCAACUUUGUGGAUAACACUGAAUUACAGGGUGAGAGGGGAAGAAACAGAGAAUGUAAAAUGGUUAAAAAAAGAAGUGUUUAAAAAGUCCCUGUUUUGUUCUGAGUUUUUAGUCCAUUAUGGAUAAGUAGGAUUUUCUAACUUAGACCUGAGAAGUUUAGCUAUGCUAUCUAGCUGUAGCCUCCUUGGUCUGCUGAUCAAUCACAUUGUUUUUAUUUGCUUUUCUAGAAAAGCAUUUUUGCUAAAAGCUGUAUAGAGUUCUUAUUAUGUAGCAGUACUUUAUAGAGUAUAUAGCUUUUGUGCCAUGCAACAUUUAAAGACUUGACUUUUAAAAUUAAUCUCUGGCUUGCCUGUGUUAAUUCCUAUUUAAACAGCUAUUUCCCUUACUUCAGGAUACAACUUGUGUAUUACAGCUUUCAUUCACACACCAUUUUUGUGGGUGUGUAUAUCUAGUAUAUCUGAUACUUGGGGAUAACUGGGGGGGAAUCAUACCUUUUUCAUUUGUUUAAAACAGACCUCUGCCUGUUACAUUUUGUGCUCAACCAAUUAAAGAAGCUACUGGAAUUUUCAGUUUUAUAUUGUAUGUUUUCCACAGUAAAAUCCUAUUGAUUUAAUUGUGCCCUUUAUAACUCCCAUUUUCUAAAAUUUUUUUCAAUAAAAGGAAAGCUGUGAAAAAA